AUGAUUGGCGAUGUUCAAUCCAUCCUCGGCAAUUCAACCAGCGAUGAAUCGAGGGAAAAAGAAGUUUUGAGGAUAGGUUCUCUGACUACACUGGCUAAUAAGAAGGUCAGCUUUUUUUUAUUCAGAACAAACUUUUUAAAUUUCUCAGUUUAGGCUUUAGCACCAGCUCGUAAAACAGAUACGAUGAAAAAACCAGAAGGAAUGGCACGAGAAUUGUACAAUUUAAUGGGAUCCGGUGAUGAUUUGCAAUCCGUUAUGCCGGCAGAAACCAAAAAGUAUCGGAACCCGAAAGUUCAGGUUUUUUUGUGGCGAGUAAAAUGGAAAAUAAUUAAAUUUGCAGAUGGGUUUCCGAGCUGUUCGAAAGUAUAAAUGGGCACCAUUCACGAAUGAAGCAAGAUCAGAUGGAUUGCAACUGCAUCAUUGGCAAAGAGUCGAUCGUUUGGAAAACUCGGAACCUUAUGCUUUUUCUCGGUUCAACAAGGUCUGAAAUUAUACGGUUUUUCUUGAAAAUUCUCGCUGAAGUGUGAAAUAAACAUAGAAGAAUUUAAAAUAGACGAAGAGUUGUCUCCAUCGUUAUUUUAGGUCAUAAAGAGGGUCAUCAAAUAUUUUAUGAAGGAUUCUUGAACAGUAUGUGAAUGGAAAUAAGAAAUUUGAUUGCAGGUCAUUCAAGUCCCUCAAUUCACCGACGAGGAGUACGAAAAUUACUUGAAGUCGUCGAAAUGGUCAAAAGAGGAGACCGAAUACUUGUUUGAAGUUUGUCGUCAGUUUGAUAUUAGGUUGGUUUUGAGGUUUGUUUUCUUACUGGGGAGUUCAAAGGCCUAAAAACCUAUCUGACAAGAGGUAAGGCUUGAAAAUGGCUUUAGGCCUCGAAAACUUUUUUCAGCGCAUCUCAGCAAGUUUUUUUUGAAAAGACUAUACGAAGUGAUAAAUUCAGAUGGCCAAUAGUUGUGGAUCGUUAUGAUAAUACACGUUUUGGCACACCCCGGUCGAUGGAAGAUAUAAAAGAUCGAUUUUAUUCGAUUCUUUAUGAAUUGACACAACUCAAGGUUCAUUUUCUAUCGAAAUUAGAUCAAAUUAUUGAAUUUUACCCACAAAAAACUUUUCUUCAGGAUAUUUAUGAAAACUUGCCCAACCAAUCUUUGAAAGAUCACACUAAUUCCUAAAAAAUUCGCAAUCUGUGUAAACUUUUAUUUCUCAUGAUAUUAAUUCUCAAAUUUCUGAUUAAGUACACAAUCUGGCUUGAAAGCAAUAUUCUGCUUUGAAAAUGUGUAUCUUCUUCUAAGAAAAUUCGUGAAAAUUAGAUAUUUUGCGGAGGUCACCAUAAGGAUUCUCUGCCUAGGAAUUUUUGGCGAAAUUAUUGGAAAUACGGUGGUAUGAAAAAAGACCAGCAAAAAUUCGAACGGCGACUUUUCCGAUUUUUUCGUAUCGCUAGGGAACUUUCCGACGGAUCUCUUUCCGACUUUUUUUUUCUUAUGUUUUUCGGUUUAUAAAACAUCUUCUAUAAAAAUUGUUUUUUUUUUAUUUCUUUGUGUUUUAAUCAUUAACCAACUACCUACUUUAUAUAGGGAGAUUUAAAACGAAAAGUUUAUCGAGAAAAAAAGUCGGAAAAAGGUUCGUCGGAAAGGUGGCCGUCGGAAAGUUCCCUUUAGCGUUUAGCGAUAUGAAAAAAUCGGAAAAGUCGCCGUUUAAAUUUUCGCUGGUCUUUUUUUCAUACCACCGGAAAUACAGAAGGAAUUACUGUCUUUUUAGGACCCAAAUUCUCAACCGAUCGCCUAUGAUGCUGAACACGAACGUAGGAGAAAAGAACAAUUGAGCAAACAAUGGAAUCGAACCAAAGAGGAGGUGAAUUGGAGUGCAAAAAACGAUUACAAGGCAGUUUUUUCAGUUAGAAGAAGAAGAACAGUUGAUAGUUGAACUGAGAAAGAUAGAAAUGCGGAAAAAGGAAAGGGAACGGAAAGCGCACGACCUGCAGAAGCUCAUCAACAUGGCCGACGCUCCGGCCAGUCCUUCUGCCAGGUUUUCAUACAAAAUAUUUUUUGUUCAAGUGAACCGUUUGGAAAAAAAGUUGUAAGGAAAAAAGUGGUGACUGAAAACUUCUUCGAGUAAAUAUUUUACCAUCUGCCUUUCAUUUUUUUUAUGCCGCGCAAAUACUUUGAAAUAACAUUGAGUUCGAAAUUGCAGUGGAUCCGGGAUUUCUCCGGCUUUGGGCAAGAAAAAGAGCACAUUCCGCGUCAAAACCGGCUCGAUGUCCACAAAUGCACCUACCGCCAUUUUCAAUCCGGUAGGAUAUUCAAAUCAGUUCUGAAAUAAUUGGAAAGCUUUAAGGUCGAUAUUUCCGUCUCCGCUCUACGAUUCCCAGAGUUCAAAUCGGCUGGUGCUCAUUUGAGAAGCCAGGAAAUGAAGUUGCCGACGAAUAUCGGACAGAAGAAGCUCAAGAACAUUGAAGUGAUCCUGGAGAAAUCGAAAAUGGGUAAGCACGAGAUUUUCUUAUUGUGGGACACAUUCGGUAGUACCGCGGUAGAAAUGAGCUCGCGCGCCUUUUUAGAAAAAAUCUAUAGAAAAAAAAACGAACUCGAAAUACCUUUGUUUUUUAAAGGCACAGCAUGAAGCUUGGAAAAAGUCAUAACACGAAAAUUGGAAAGACAGCCUCGAGCGAUUUUGAUGAAAGUUGUUACGAUGGGAAAUCAUGAAAGUUUGGAUGAGUAAAAUUUUUUAAAAAAAAGUUGAAAAGGCUAAAUAGUAGUUUUAGGAAGCAAAAAACAUAAUUUCAAUUCCAAAUAUACUUUUUCCUUCCAGAAAUGAACCCGAUGGGAUCUGAAGCAAUUGUCAAUAUUUACAACGAAUUCCGGUCUCAGGUCAGUCUAAUAUUCUUCCAAGAUAAUAAUAGACUUUUCAUUGUCCUUUUCAGAUUAUGCUACUUCAAGAACUAAAAGCGACCCUUCAAACGGCCGAGUUUGAACUGGAAAGUAUGCGUGGAAGGUUCCAGGAACAUGGGAAGGUUGGUUCGAGUUUUCUAGUCAUCGGGAAAAAGUUCAGGAUUUUUACGAGAAAGAAACUUCAAAAAUUAUUAUAUUUUUUUUAAUGAAUGAAAUAGCUUAUUGAGAACAUUUUUUUGUGUCCAGAAGUUCGACAUUGAGCCUCGGAUGAGGAUUUCGAGCCUGAGCGAAGGCGGCCUCGACGAAUCCAUGGUGAAUGGAGAGCCUGGAAAUCCGACGACGACGAGAAGAUUGGCUUCUUACAUCGAUGUAUCGACGCUCAACAGCGUUUCUUCGGUACGUCCUUUUAAAAAUAACAGAAUCAGAAAGAAGAAUAGCCAAUGGGAUGUGAAAACUUCCAACGAAAUUUAGGGAAAAAACAAUUAUAGUCCAUUCGCCGCGACUGGAAAGUUUCCAAGUGUCUGCGUCUCUCUGUUCCCUCAUCGAAGAAGUUAGAGAAACAUGAAAAAGCAUGUCAACAGGAAAGCGUCGCCGAGAGAAGAGGAGGGCGCAGAGAAAAACAACAGUUUCAAGUCGCGAUAAAUGGACUGAAUAAAAAGAAAAAACUCGACAAAAACCCUGGAAUGGAGACUUUUUGAAAGAAGUAAAUUUUUAAGCAAAACGAUCUCAAAAAAAUUCGAUAAAAAAACAAGGAAGUACUUCAAAUUAUUGGAACAAAAAAAUUAAUUUUUUUCUAUUGAUUCUUACAACCUAUACGUAUAAAAUAAAAGAAUCAAACACUUGAUAAAUUUUUCAAUAUUUUUUUCAGUUAACCUCACGAAAGAGAAAGACAGUGGUCGCGCCUUCCCCCAUGGAACUCAAGAGAUCAAGAAAAUUAUGA